ACCUGAAUUUUGUCUGAAAAUCGAACAUGGCGAGCGCGAAUCCACCAUCGUCUCCACCUCCACCUCCGCCAUCGUCACCACCACCUCCGUCACCACCACUGCCUUCAUCACCUACCCUCAUCCCUUGGCAUUAUGAGUCCUCCCCUGCCGUUCCCUCCGAUCUUGUGCCCCCUCAGACCCUGCCUGAUACUGCCUUCAACGAAAAUGGAACGUUCAAUGUCGAUGAAAAGAAGCCUCAAAUUGUUGAUUAUUUUGCGAUACUGGAUGAUCCGGAACACAACGAGAAGUACCAGAAAUACGAGGCAGACUACACUCGUCGGUUGUUGGCAAAAUAUUUCUCAAAGAAGAAUUUCUAUGGAGGCAACAUUUUUGACGACAAAACGACUAUAGAUAACGAAACCAUAUUAUCGAGCCGGUGGCCUUGCACUAGAUCAUUUGCAGACCCAGUUCAUGCAUCCGAAGAUUCCGGCAACGGUGGUUCCGUUUCCGAGCCACAAACUCUAACGAACAUGUCAAAUGGCAAACUUUCACUCAAGAAGAAUGGCUGAUACUUGGACACCCUAACAAUCUGGUUUUUUUUUCCCACUUAUCGGAUCCAAAUGUCCAUGCAGUAUGUGCACACGUGUUUAGAAUUAAUGCUCAAGUAGUUUUUUUUUGUCUGAUGGAAGGACCUAAUUGAAACAUAUUGAUAGUUUGAAGGUUUGAUUAGAAUGUUUUAAAGUAUAGGGACUCAUUUAAAAUUUAGGCAAAACACAAAGAUGCCAAUCAUACAUCAAAAAACAUGGAAGGCCGAGAUCCUCCAACUUGUAAAAUUUAUAAACAUGUAUUGG